CUAUCAUUAGCGUGGCACCGGUGAGGUUUCUUUGCACCACGAAGCAGUAGCUAUCAAAAUUGAGCGCAGUAUGCUGAAGGGCUGAGCGAGGGAACGGAUGCUGAAAGGAGCCUGCGAAGAAAAAGGAUUUUUGGAGGAAAAAAAACCUUCUUUCGACUGCACGUAGGCACUGCCCGUCACUGAGAGCUGUGUCAGGGAGUGGGAACUGCCUGCGUAUGGUGAUUGAUCUGCGCAGCCCCUGGGAUGCUCAGAAGACGGAUUAAGGAGAAAAGAAUCGCGGGAGAAGGAGGAGGUGGAGGUUCCCCUUUGAAAACGCAGGGGCUAAUAGAAAACAUCCUCUAAAUUGUCAGUGUGUCAGGUUACAUUAAUGCAGAUCCCGGUGACGGUGGGAUCACCCUGAGAUGAGCCACCCAUAGCCAGCGCCGGCCUCGCUGCCAGGGCUCCCUGCCCCGGGACGAUGAGGAGCCGUCUGCUGGCUUAACGGGGAAAAUUUCGUCGCGGUGGCUGGUUUUUCCCCGAACCUCGUGAAAUUUCAUGUGACGGCAGAGCCGCUUCCCGCGCCCUCCUUGCGCCGCCUCGCAGCCGAGGGCUGGGUGGUGGGGGGCCACCGCCAUGGCGGCAAAGCAGCCCCCGCCGCUGAUGAAGAAGCACAGCCAGACCGACCUGGUGAGCAGGCUGAAGACACGCAAGAUCCUGGGGGUCGGCGGGGAGGACGACGACGGCGAGGUCCAUCGCUCAAAGAUUAGCCAAGUACUGGGAAACGAAAUCAAGUUUGCUGUCCGGGAACCUUUGGGGCUCAGGGUCUGGCAGCUGGUUUCCGCCGUCAUGUUCUCCGGGGUCGCCAUCAUGGCCCUGGCUUUCCCUGACCAGCUCUACGACGCCGUUUUCGACGAGGAAUCGGUGAGCAGCAAGACUCCCAUCCGGCUCUACGGAGGAGCCCUCCUCAGUAUCUCGCUCAUCAUGUGGAACGCUCUCUACACGGCCGAAAAAGUGAUUAUCCGCUGGACCCUGCUGACGGAGGCGUGCUAUUUUGCCGUGCAGUUCCUGGUUACCACUGUCUCCCUGGUUGAGAGUAGCCGGAUAGCUACAGGUGCCGUGCUCCUCCUGGUCAGCCGAGCCCUCUUCGUCCUCAUCAGCAUUUAUUAUUAUUACCAAGUCGGACGCCGUCCCAAGAAAGUCUAAUUCCUGGGCUUUUUGUCAUGGGAAGGGUGGGAGGGGGGGGUUUGUGUCGGUAAUUUUGCAUUAUAAUUAUAACUUCUUUUUUUUUUUUUUUUUUUUGUUAGUCCCUUUUGGUUCUAAAGUGGUUUCCUUCUUUUCCACUUACCGGCAUGAAUCAGUGUGUAACCCAGUGCUGGUGGCAUUGCCAGGUGAAAUGGGGCAGGGGUGGGGGGGUGGGUGGGGAGCAGCGUUUGGUGGGGACCCCCCCCCCAGCCCCUCUGCAGGAGGCGAGGAGCAGUGGGAGGAAGGCUCAGGGAGGUGCGUGGGCCUGGCAGGCUCAAGGAAAAGAGCCGGUUUCCAGCGGGGGGGGGGGGGGGGGAACUGGCCGAUGGGAGCACAGGCUCCGAACCCGCUGGAACAAAGCACAAAAUAAGACCGGCACAUUGAAACCAAAUCCCUGAGGAGACGGGGCGGUAAGACAACUGACAAAAAAGGACUCGGUGGCUACCUCGGUGGCUACCCUUGGUAAGCCUUGCCCCUGCCUGGUGGAGUAUGCCCUCGUGUACGGCCCGUUCCCUUUACAGCAAGUACUGACUGUCCUGGGAGCUGGACGGGGCUAGGUCGAGUUCAGCGCUUUGCCAGCAGUUCUUCUUUCCUCGCUGCCGG